UCCUAUUCCAUCCACUCCCUCCCUCUCGCCCAUUCUUACCUUACUUUCACGUGCUCGCUCACUGGGCAGUUAGGCAGAAGUGAUCCCUGUGACUCUGCCAAAGACAAGCCUGUGGGUCUGUAGGAAAAACCCCAGGCGAAGUCACAGCACUGAAAUUGUUACUUUGAAGGAGUGGAGUAGAAAAGUGUGAAAAAUGAAUGGACCUGUGGAUGGCUUGUGUGACUAUUCUCUAAAUGAAGAAGGAGCCUUCAUGUUCACAUCAGAAUCUGUAGGAGAGGGACAUCCAGAUAAGAUCUGCGACCAGAUCAGUGAUGCAGUGCUGGAUGCCCACCUCAAGCAAGAUCCCAAUGCCAAGGUGGCCUGUGAGACAGUAUGCAAGACAGGCAUGGUGCUACUGUGUGGGGAGAUCACCUCAACGGCCAUGGUGGACUACCAGCGGGUGGUGAGGGACACUAUCAAGCACAUUGGCUAUGACGACUCUGCCAAAGGCUUUGACUUCAAGACCUGCAAUGUGCUGGUGGCUCUGGAGCAACAGUCCCCAGAUAUUGCCCAAUGUGUCCAUCUAGACAGAAAUGAAGAGGAUGUUGGUGCAGGAGAUCAGGGUUUGAUGUUUGGCUAUGCCACUGAUGAGACAGAAGAAUGCAUGCCCCUUACCAUUAUCCUCGCUCACAAGCUCAAUGCCCGGAUGGCAGAUCUGAGGCGCUCUGGUGUCCUUCCCUGGCUGAGACCAGACUCCAAGACUCAGGUGACAGUUCAGUACGUGCAGGACAAUGGCGCAGUCAUCCCUGUGCGCAUCCACACCAUCGUCAUCUCUGUGCAGCACAAUGAAGACAUUACGCUAGAGGACAUGCGCAAAGCCCUGAAAGAGCAGGUGAUCAAGGCUGUGGUGCCAGCCAAGUACUUGGAUGAAGACACCGUUUACCACCUGCAGCCCAGUGGGCGGUUUGUUAUCGGAGGUCCCCAGGGGGAUGCAGGUGUCACUGGCCGCAAGAUUAUUGUGGAUACCUAUGGCGGCUGGGGUGCUCAUGGUGGUGGGGCCUUCUCUGGAAAGGACUACACCAAGGUGGACCGCUCAGCAGCUUAUGCUGCCCGUUGGGUGGCCAAGUCCCUGGUGAAAGCAGGGCUCUGCCGGAGAGUGCUUGUCCAGGUGUCCUAUGCCAUUGGUGUGGCGGAGCCACUGUCUAUUUCCAUCUUCACCUAUGGAACCUCACAGAAGACGGAGAGGGAGCUGCUAGAUGUGGUGAACAAGAACUUUGACCUCCGACCAGGCGUCAUUGUCCGGGAUUUGGAUUUGAAGAAGGCAAUCUACCAGAAGACGGCGUGCUAUGGUCAUUUUGGAAGGAGCGAGUUCCCCUGGGAGGUUCCGAAGAAGCUUGUGUUUUAGAGUUGGUGGGAGCUAGGCCUGGCCUCACCCUGGAUGCUCCUAUUCUGCAGAAUCUGAACUCUCACAUCUCCCAGACCCUCCUAGGGCAUGCCUUCCCCACCCACCACCCCUUAGGGCAGAGCCAGCUCCCUCUAAUUUUUGGUCCAUCCUGUUAUCACCAUGAAUGGCAGGGGGCAGGUGGCUUCCUGGUGCUGCAGGUCCAGUUUCCUUGUGAGCAUAGUCAUGAUGUUUUCCUGCCUCUCCCUCAGAUAAGGUCAAUGCUGAUUUAGUGGGAAGAUUCUUCCUUUCAGGAGUAAAGUUCCUCACUCAUCUCUUCCCAGAAUCUAGACCCUGGCCAGCUCCUCAACCCUGGGUGUGUGCCCAGGUCAGUUCAGUACACACACCUUGGGACCCUUGUGGUUCUGGGCAUAUUGGGCCUCCCCUCCACAUCUGCGCCUGCCCUGCUGAGCCACAGCCUUCACGAACCCCCUACGUGGCUCAGUGUCUGCUAUGGCUAACGGGCUGAUAUCUCCUGAGCAUCUGAAUGUGUGAGGAUCCAGCUAAGUACUGACCUCAUAUAUUCAUUCCAGCAACAUAAUGAGGUAGCCCCCUUUUAUUAUCCCCAUUUACAAAGAGGGAAUUUGAGGAGCAAAUUCUUUCACAAGGUCUCACAGCCACACGUGUCAGGGCUUAGAUGUGAUCCGAGGAUCUUUGACUCAGUAGUCCUCCCCCAUCUCUGGCCCUUGUGCCUUCUGCACUCUGAGUGCUGCUGGAGUAAGUGUGCAGGCCCCUCAGGGUCCCCUUCCAGGGCUAAGGCCAAGACACCCAAUAUUAAAUAGUGAUCCAGUGCAGGGCUUGCCUCCUGGUGGAGGAAUGGUUGUCUGAGAUGUCAUGAGGAUAUUCUGCCUUUGCUAGGGUAGCUUUUGGGGGACACACUGGCCCCUUAAAGGGCCUGGGAGGUCCUUGGACCCCUGAGUCUUUAAAGCUACUUGUCCUUUCCAUCCAUGGCUGGCACUACUCACCCCAUCCAUCCUCAACCUGGAUUGUACACAGUAAACCUCCACCUUCUCCCCGGCUCCCAAGGAUGCAGACUCAGGAAAAGGGCUUCCUGGGGACACAGCACUGGAUCUGGCUGGGAGAGACAGCCCAGGAAGCCUCAUUUAGGGAGCAGAUGCCCUGCUCCCUUGUACCUUGGGGAGCAUAGAGACCCCAGCACUCUCAAUUGAGGGAGGGGAAACUCUGCAGAGGAGAUAAAACACAAGCCCCAGUGGUCAUCAAGCCCUUGAGCUAGUGAGUGACCCAGAAGCUGGAGUCUGUCCAUAGGGAUCCCAGCUGCCUCACUACCCUCGAGUCUCUUGCAGCAGAGGGAGGGACAGGGUUGCAGGUGAUCAAGUUCCUCUAACUUGGGCUCUAUUUGGAUUAAAAAUUCAAAAUUUUAAACUUUCCCUAUCUAGAGAAACAAGAUCUUUUUUGGCCAACAUUGUUUAUAUAAAAGUAAACCAUUUAUUUGUUCAUAGUUCCUAUUAUGGUGGUCAAUAAAAACUCA